CUGACCGAAAAAUCCCAGGAGUAUUAUGAAAGUCUCUCGGCCUGCACUGCUGGCUUGUCUAGCGAUUGCUGAAACCUCAGCUGAGCGAACUUUUCCAUCACGACAUGUCGUGCGGCAAUACAGUGUAUCGAAUCGGGGAAAUAACAGUGUUGCGAGUAUCUUCGGCUCGAAUGGUACCUUCAGCAUCAAAGGGACUACAACGGCCCCAGGCGUGAUAGUACUCGACUAUGGACGCGACGUCGAAGGCCACCCAACUUUUGAGGUUGUCUCUGCGACUGGUGACACGUCUUGUCUAGAGAUCACAUAUAGCGAGACUGAAACUGUUCUGGAUGGCUUUUACAUGAGCGACGGACCACUUGCUUUAGCCGCGGCGAUGGACACCUACCGAGUCAAUCAGUACAACGUCACGGGACCAUCUCUGCACACGAACCGACUUAUCCAGGGUGGCUUCCGGUACCAGAAGUUGAACCUCUCCACACCAGGCGAACUUGUGUUGAAGAACGUGGGUGUGAAGCCCACGAUCCCAACCAUGUCUCUCGAUCAGCUGCCUGGGCAUUUCGAGACUUCAGAUGAGGACCUGAAUAGAAUUUGGAAGGUUGGCGCAAGGACGAUCCAACUAAACGAUAUUCCUGCAAACUCCAUUCCUUCAUUCUGGCAGAUUUCAUCUGAGGGUGCCCUAGUUGAGAGUCAAGCCCCCCAAGUCCUUUCUGGGCUCGUUGCUGCCACGCUGAUGCAAUACCGGCUUGCGUUCGAAGUCAAGCCCACCGUGAAGGGAUUCGGAUUUUCUGUGCUUGCCGAUACCCUUAACUCUGGAAUCUACAUCUCUUGCAAUAUUGCCAAUGGAUCAGUUUCAGCAUAUUUUGGAUCUGGUGAGGAUGGUGUACCGCUUGGAUCUGGAACGCUCCCGUCCAAUGUCACACUCGGUGUCUGGCACGAAGUGGCAGCUACCGUGAAUAUGACAAACAUUGCUGUAUCGAUUGAUGGGCUAUCGGUCCUGCAGUUUGUGCAGACAUCCGCGUUUGUCGGAUCCUUUGGACUGGGCGCUUCAUUCGGCCACGCUGCUAUCUUCCGCAACCUGUCGGCCACGAAGUUGACGGGUGAAGAAAUCUACUCAGCGUCCCUUAUGGACGAGACAUUCUUCGAUGACUUCCUCAUCGGGACGAAUCCCGCAGACAGCACUGUCGAUGGCUCGAAACGCGACCGCAUCGCAUAUGCAGGCGAUCUUGACAUCGCUCUGAUUUCGUCACUAGCGAGUACCAAUGGUGUUAACUACAUCAAAGGCACGCUCGACCUCCUCGGCUCCUUUCAAUUGACACCGGGAUUCUUUGCACCCACGGCAAAGAUCCAACAAGACCCACUUUCCACGCCCAUCGAGACAAAUCUGACUGGUCUGAUCGGCUACUCUUUCAACUUGCUCACCGCAGCAGCAAACUUCUAUAAGCGCACUGGAGAUGCGGAUAUACCCAAGGAGUGGGCACCUAAGGCUGUGCGCAUGCUCGACUGGGCGCACUCACAAGUCCUGCCUGAGAAUGGACUACUCAACAUCAGCGAUGCAACCUUCGGUGGAGAUUGGAACUACUAUGAUCCGGCGCAGGUUGGUGUGGUGUCCAAGUUCAACAUGGUCUAUGCAUACGCACUGCAGGAGUGCAUCCCUCUCUUUGCGGACGGUGGUGUUGAUACGCAACCGUAUGUCGCACGCCUCGUGUCGCUGCGGGCGGCGAUUACCAAGAAUCUCUGGUCAGAUGAACUCACCGCAUACUACGUUUCGGAAUCCAUCCAGAAUGGCUUCGGACAAGACUCCAAUGCUCUCGCAAUCCUCGCUGGCGUGACAACUUCAAGCCACACUUCUUUCAGCAUUUUGAACACACUCCAAAAGCUCUCGAUGCCAAAUGGCCCACUGGCCUUCUCAGAGGGAGCCACCACCUCCGGCUUUGCAAAAUACAUCAGCCCCUACGCAUCUGCCUAUCACCUGCGCGCCGCAUUCGAAAGCAAAGACAGCGAUUCCGCCAUGGCUCUGCUCAAGAGCCUAUGGGCGCCUAUGGCCAACCCCCAGGGAGUCAACUACACCGGCUGCUUCUGGGAGACGCUGGAUGCAAGUGGCGCGCCUGGACUCGGGAAGCAAACUAGUCUCUGCCACGCAUGGGCUUCAGGUCCGACUGGAGAGCUUAGCGAGCACGUGCUGGGGGUGAAGGCCGUGGCUCCGGGGUAUAGCGAGUGGCGCGUCGACCCGCUAACGCUUGGUUUGGAUUGGGCAAAGGGAAAGAUUCCUGUACCAAUGGGCGAGAUAUCUGUUGCUUGGAAUGCUACGGACGGCGUGAUUAGGGCUAUGGAGGUGAGCAGCCCGCAAGGUACGAUGGGGACUGUCGUGCUGCCGUGUUCGGGGCAAGGCAGUACCUUGAAGGUUAAUGGUCGGGUUGUCAGUGACAACGGGUCGUUCCCCGUCACUGGCGGAGAGCCCUUUGUCCUAUCAUAUGAUCUAUGAUGAUCCUAUGAAGCUGAACUGCUGCGAGGGCGGAAGCGAGGUUAGAUACGCACUGGGACGAGUGGAAAUACCCACCACAAAUGUUCUGAUAAGGUUUUGGUUUUAUAUAUGUAUAUAUUGUAUUGAU